UGCUGUUUCUCGGCUGCUCCACUGAGCUAUGGCGUUCGUGACCAGGCAAUUCGUGCGCUCCAUGUCCUCCUCUUCCUCUGCGUCGGCGGCCGCCAAGAAGAUCCUGAUCAAGCAUGUGACGGUCAUCGGCGGCGGGCUGAUGGGCGCCGGCAUCGCGCAGGUAGCUGCAGCAACUGGCCAUACAGUAGUGUUGGUGGACCAAACAGAAGACAUCCUGGCAAAAUCCAAGAAGGGAAUUGAAGAGAGCCUAAAGAGAAUGGCAAAGAAGAAGUUCACAGAAAACCCUAAGGCUGCCGAUGAGUUUGUGGAGAAGACCCUGAGCUCCCUUUCAACCAGCACCGAUGCCGCGUCCGUGGUGCACAGCACAGACCUGGUGGUGGAGGCCAUUGUGGAGAACCUGAAGUUGAAGAAUGAGCUAUUCCAGAGGCUGGACAAGUUCGCUGCAGAACACACCAUCUUUGCCAGCAACACGUCUUCUUUGCAGAUCACAAACAUAGCCAAUGCCACCACCAGACAAGACCGAUUUGCUGGCCUCCACUUUUUCAACCCUGUCCCCAUGAUGAAGCUUGUGGAGGUCAUUAAAACACCGAUGACCAGCCAGAAGACAUUUGAAUCUCUGGUUGACUUUUGUAAAACCUUAGGGAAGCAUCCUGUUUCCUGCAAGGACACUCCUGGAUUUAUCGUGAACCGUCUCUUGGUGCCAUACCUCAUAGAAGCUAUCCGGCUGCAUGAGCGAGGCGAUGCAUCUAAGGAAGACAUCGACACCGCAAUGAAGCUGGGAGCCGGGUAUCCCAUGGGUCCCUUUGAGCUUCUUGACUAUGUUGGACUGGAUACUACAAAGUUCAUCUUAGACGGGUGGCACGAAAUGGAUCCGGAGAACCCCUUAUUUCAGCCCAGUCCUUCCAUGAAUAAUUUGGUGGCCCAGAAGAAGCUGGGCAAAAAGACCGGAGAAGGAUUUUACAAAUACAAGUGAUCCCCCCUCGGCAGCAUCUCCAGCCAGCCACUGGACAAGGACAAGCACGCUCUGCACUGUUGUUUCCAGGCUUGCCGUGGGCUGCUCAGUGGACCCUCCCUUGCAGUCUCUCUGACGUAAUCUCUUGGCUAGUUACGGUAAUGGGGUUCUUCCACUGAUAUCUAAUUCUCUAGUUUAGUCUGUUCUCUGUGAAUUUUUCUGAAAAGCAGUAUACCCUGGGUGCCUUGGAGCAAACAUCUUUUUCUCUGGACCUUGCCACUUUUUGUAAGAAGCAAUCAUUAGCCGCAUUCACUCAGGUCUCCUGAAAAUGAGUAUGCCGUGUUUAUCAGCGUUGAACCCCAGGGGCAGGCACCAUGGUGCCUACAGAUGCACCUGAGAGGCCUUGCGUGCCUGGGAACAUUUGUAGCCCGCAACCUUGAGCCUUAGCCUACAUUCUGGGCGUGACAGAAAAUGUCCCGUCUUUUUUACUCCUCAUCAGGACAGGACUCCUGGAGUUUUGGGCAAGUACCUGUGAGCUUGGUUCUUGGCCCAUCUUCGUGGCCGUUCGGAUCUUAACCGUCACUGUCUGUCUCUCUCAUUUCUUCAGGAGAAAUCAGUGCUACAAAGUGCCUCUGAGCUGACUCUACUAAAAUGCAGUCUUUUAAUCUGUAAACAUUGGGAUGGGAAUAAAUAAACGUAUACGACUU